AUGAGUAGUAAUAACAGGUUAGCCAUUUUCUACAACCACUCCGCGACGACUUUUUUUUCAAGAAGCCGCCAACUUCUUGGCCUCCAUUUCUGCGCUCAUGAAUGAACAUUAUAUGUACAAUUGAGCGAAGAAAGCAAAAAAUUCUUUUGAAAAGGGAAAAUGGGUUGGGGUAAUAUCUUCUUCUCAAUGCUAAUAACCUUCUCAGUAGCACUCAUUACUUACAAUAUUCUCAUAUCUGCUAAUGCACCUCUCAAGCAAGACCUUCCCGGCCCAUCCACUACUGCUACUACUUCUAUUGAUCCCAUUAUCAAGAUGCCACUUGGGAGGUCCAAAGCUUCCAAGAAAAGGCUUUUCCACACCGCCGUUACUGCUUCUGAUUCUGUUUAUAAUACAUGGCAGUGUAGGAUUAUGUAUUACUGGUUCAAGAAAUUGAAGAAUCAACCCAAUUCUGAGAUGGGUGGUUUUACUAGGAUCUUGCACUCUGGUAAACCUGAUAAAUUCAUGGAUGAGAUCCCUACUUUCAUUGCCCAGCCUCUUCCCUCUGGCAUGGAUCAGGGGUAUAUAGUCCUUAACAGACCCUGGGCCUUUGUUCAGUGGCUUCAACAAGCAGACAUAAAAGAAGAUUACAUACUGAUGGCAGAGCCAGAUCAUAUUAUUGUUAAGCCAAUACCAAACUUGUCCAAAGAUGGUCUUGGAGCUGCAUUUCCUUUCUUUUACAUUGAGCCUAAGAAGUAUGAGUCAGUCCUCCGUAAGUACUUCCCUGAGGACAAGGGACCAGUAACUAACAUCGAUCCUAUAGGAAAUUCUCCGGUCAUUCUUGGAAAGGAAUCUCUUAAGAAAAUUGCUCCGACUUGGAUGAAUGUUUCCUUAGCAAUGAAGAAGGAUCCUGAAACAGAUAAAGCUUUUGGCUGGGUCCUCGAAAUGUACGCUUAUGCUGUUGCAUCUGCCCUUCACGGUGUGAGCAACAUAUUGUACAAGGACUUCAUGAUUCAGCCCCCAUGGGAUACAGAAGUUGGCAGCAAGUUCAUAAUUCAUUACACAUAUGGAUGCGACUAUGACAUGAAGGGCAAGCUAACAUAUGGAAAGAUUGGAGAAUGGAGGUUUGACAAAAGAUCUUAUGAUAGUGUCCCACCCCCUAAGAAUCUUCCGCUGCCUCCGCCUGGUGUUCCAGAAAGUGUGGUAACUUUGGUAAAAAUGGUGAACGAAGCGACGGCAAACAUUCCUAACUGGGGAUCAUAGAAAAGAAGAGAUUUGGGUAUCUGUACAAUCUGCAUAAAAUAUGCUCUAUCAGUACAAGUGAUCAGGAAGUUUAGGAAUCUGCCAUUUGCUUUUAAUCUGUGUUAUACCUAAGUUUGUAAUUCACACACGAAUAAACUUCUCUUGGAAAUUGAAAGUAAUGCUUCUGUUUCGCAA